AUGUACAAGCAUAUCAAACCGCUGGGCCCGGACGCCUGCUUCGAGUUGUGUGAACCUACCAUCUGGUGCAGGGAGUACGGAUAUGCCCUUCUCCGGGCCGAUUCGCGUGGUAUUGGAGGCAGUCAAGGGAAGCUAGAUCCCUUUGGUCUGGAAAGAUCGCUGAAGAUCCAAGCAGACGCUGAAGGGCAAGUUGAAUGGGCUGCUUCCCAGCCGUGGUCAACAGGUAAGGUUGCUUUUUCUGGCAUCAGCUACUACGGAAUGGUGGGAUACUGGGCCGCGAUGCAGAGGCCACCCCACUUGACUUGCAUCGUGUCGUACGAAUCAGCUUGCAGUAUGUACCAAGCCGCCCGGCGAGGAGGAAUCUACAGCAACAAUUUCCAGUCUCAUUGGUACAAUAAUCUUGUCGUCCCAUUUCAGGCUGGGAAGCAAGAUGGCUCACUUGGGGAAGAGGAACUUACCACCAACCGUGUGGACUUCCCCAAGUUGUUGACGACAACCGAGUACCCCACGGAAGGAGUCUGGGCUGUCUUUGACAAAGUCCGCAAACUAUCUGAUAUCGAGGUACCGAUAUACCUUGCAGGUAACUGGAACGACCCGGAACUCCACCUGCCAGGGAACAUUCGGGCCUACAACGGUGUCUCGUCUAAGCACAAGUGGUUGGAAAUGCACACUGGUAACCAUCUGGCCGCCUUCUAUGAGCCAGAGCACGUUGAAUUGCAGAAGAAGUUUCUGGACUUUUUCCUCCUUGAAAGGUCUGAUAACGGAAUGCUAAAUAUUCCGCGGAUCAGGUUUCUUCAGCACCAUGGAACUGAUACACUGUGGCGCGAAAAUGAGAUCGCCUUUCCUCCUCCAGAUGCGGAAGAUGUUAGCUUCUACCUGUGCUCUGGAAGACAACUUUGCUUGAUCAAACCUAUGAGUGCAAAAACGGCCUUCACAUAUCAGGGCUACACGGAAAAUAUGAGUUUCUCGCUUGAAUCGGCUUUUUCCGAUUCAUUUGAGAUACUCGGAUCUCCGUAUCUUGAGCUUGAGGUUAGCACGAAAGCGAAGGACCUGGAUCUGUUCAUCUAUCUCCGUGCAAUUGACAGGAACGGAAACACAAUUACUCUUCUUGGAAACCACGGUGAGCCGAUGAACAAUUUCGCAAGGGGUUAUUUCCGCCUCUCUCACCGCGACGAAGCUGCGAAUAAAUUCAGACGGGAGCGUGUUCUCAGUCAGGCUGCUGCUCCCAAAUCAAGGAUUGUUUCAGGCAAAGUGUACGAUGUGCUCGUCCCCCUGUAUCCUACAGCAUAUUUGUUUGACAAGGGGCAGACUCUCACUCUUGAGAUUGGCUCUGUGAAUACUGCCGGAACUAUUCCCCCAAUGCGCCAUGAGGGUGGUGAUAGGCUUUUACAGAGAUUUGACGGAGAGAAUCGCAUUCUCUCCCACGGAAGAUUAGUCCUUCCUCGAGUGAGACGGUAG